AUGGCACCGUCGUAUAUCGCAAUCCCGCCUCGGGACAUCGGCGCGGUCGCAAGCUCAAAUCUGCGUGCGCCCAGGAGCCCACACAUGGCUACAACCACUCUCCGCGUGGAGGGUAUGACUUGCGGAGCAUGCACAUCGGCAGUAGAGUCAGGUUUCAAAGGCGUCGCUGGCGUUGGUAGCGUCUCCGUCAGUCUAGUUAUGGAGCGAGCUGUUGUUAUGCACGACCCCCGAACAAUUUCCGCCGACCAAGUUCGAGAGAUCAUUGAGGACAGAGGCUUUGAUGCUGAAGUUCUUUCGACAGACCUUCAAAGCCCUGCUGUGAGCCGAUUUACCGAAAAUAGGAACAAUGGCAACGACUCUGCCUUUGUUAUCACGACAAUUGCAGUGGAGGGUAUGACUUGCGGCGCCUGUACCUCUGCCGUAGAAGGCGGCUUCAAAGAUGUUCCUGGAGUUCAAAACUUCAGUAUAUCACUCCUCUCUGAGCGAGCAGUUAUAGAACAUGAUCCUUCCGUCUUGACGCCUGAGAAAAUCGCAGAGAUCAUCGAAGAUCGUGGCUUCGGGGCCGAGAUUGUUGAUACGGUCAAGUCUACGCCUGCAGGCAAUGACAAUGGCGCCGCUGAGGCUCAAAGCGAUAUCGCAAUAACAACAGUGGCCAUUGAAGGCAUGACAUGUGGCGCAUGCACUGCAGCUGUUGAAGGUGGUUUCAAAGGCGUUGAAGGUGUUUUAAAGUUCAACAUCAGUCUACUGGCAGAACGUGCCGUCAUCACUCACGAUGUAACCAAAAUCUCACCCGAAAAGAUUGCUGAGACAAUAGAUGACCGUGGAUUUGAUGCGUCCGUCUUGUCAACACAGUUCGAAUCCAAUGACCUCGGUCCCUUGGCGUCAACGGCUCAGUUCAGAAUUUACGGCAACCCAGAUGCCGCCACAGCACAGGCGCUUGAGACUAAACUCAAGUCUGUUCCUGGUAUAAAAUCAGCGUCGAUGAGCCUUGCCACCGAAAGGCUGACUGUGACCCAUCAACCUGGCAUUAUUGGCCUCCGUGGCAUUGUCGAAGCCGUUGAGCAAGAGGGGCUGAAUGCCUUGGUUGCUGACAGUCAGGACAACAACGCCCAGCUCGAGUCUUUAGCCAAAACUCGAGAGAUUACGGAGUGGAGGACAGCCUUUCGAACAUCUCUGACAUUUGCGAUUCCCGUCUUUAUCAUUGGCAUGAUACUGCCAAUGGCAUUACCGUCGUUGGAUUUUGGCAAACUAAUGUUGAUCCCUGGCCUCUACCUUGGCGACGUUAUAUGUCUUGUUCUUACGAUACCCGUCCAGUUUGGCAUUGGAAAGCGAUUUUACGUGUCAGCAUACAAAUCUAUUAAGCAUGGGUCACCAACGAUGGAUGUCCUUGUCAUCCUGGGCACAUCCUGUGCCUUCUUUUUCAGCGUUUUUGCGAUGACUGUUUCUUUGUUGGUCCCUCCUCAUACGAGGCCCAGCACAAUUUUUGACACAAGCACCAUGUUGAUUACGUUUAUUACAUUUGGCCGAUUUUUGGAAAAUCGCGCAAAGGGGCAAACGUCCAAAGCUUUGUCUCGCCUGAUGUCCCUCGCACCGUCCAUGGCAACAAUUUAUGCUGAUCCCAUUGCGGUUGAGAAGGCUGCAGAAGCAUGGGCCAAGUCUGCAGAGGAAAUGAAGACGCCCAAGACGCCCCAGGGCCCAUCAGAACCUGGUGGUUCGUCUGCAUACGAGGAAAGGCUGAUCCCUACCGAGCUGCUCCAGGUGGGCGAUAUUGUCAUCAUUCGACCUGGUGAUAAGAUCCCGGCGGAUGGCGCAUUGGUCCGUGGCGAAACUUAUGUCGAUGAGAGCAUGGUCACUGGAGAAGCAAUGCCGGUUCAGAAGCGGCUGGGUGACAAUGUGAUUGGAGGAACCGUCAACGGUAACGGCCGCUUCGACUUCCGUGUCACGCGUGCUGGACGAGACACGCAGCUGAGCCAAAUCGUCAAGCUCGUUCAGGACGCACAGACGACGAGAGCACCGAUCCAGCAGCUCGCUGAUACAUUGGCUGGCUAUUUCGUCCCCACGAUUCUGAUUCUCGGUCUCAUCACCUUCUUGUCCUGGAUGGUCCUAAGCCAUGUGUUGCCGAACCCACCAAAGAUCUUCCUUCAAGACGCCAGCGGCGGCAAGACCAUGGUUUGUGUAAAGCUGUGCAUCUCUGUCAUUGUCUUUGCCUGCCCUUGCGCGCUUGGACUUGCCACGCCGACUGCGGUCAUGGUAGGCACAGGAGUGGGAGCUGAGAACGGCAUCCUGAUCAAAGGAGGUGGUGCGUUGCAGCGAACAACCAGAGUGACAAAGGUGGUCCUGGACAAGACUGGCACAAUUACACAUGGCAAGAUGAGCGUCGCCAGGUCCACGCUCGUACCGCUCUGGAGGGACAAUGAGUGGAGAAGACGACUAUGGUGGACAAUAAUCGGGUUGGCGGAAAUGGGCAGUGAGCACCCUGUCGGCAAGGCUAUUCUCGGAGCCGCAAAGGACGAGCUCGGCGUAGAGUCCGAGGGUGCCAUUCAAGGCAGCAUCGGCGAGUUCAAGAUCAAGGUCGGCCGAGGCGUGAAUGCUUUGGUUGAGCCUGCCUCAUCAGCAGAGAGAGUUCGAUACAGAGUUCUUGCUGGCAACGUCAAGUAUCUCGAAGAAAAUGGCGUUGAUAUUCCAAGCGAGGCUGUUGACGCUUCGGAGGAGAUGAACGUCAGCUCGACCAAAAAGGCAAAAACGACUCAGUCCAAGUCUUGGUCAGCAGGGACCACCAACAUCUUUGUGGCUGUGGAUGGCAAAUACACGGGACACAUCUGCCUGGCGGAUGUUAUCAAGGACGGAGCGGCAGGUGCCAUAUCAGUUUUGCACCGAAUGGGCAUCAAGACGGCCAUUGUAACUGGUGACCAGCGUUCGACAGCUCUUGCAGUUGCUGCAGCAGUUGGCAUCUCAUCCGAGGAUGUGUAUGCGGGCGUCAGUCCCGAUCAGAAGCAAUCAAUCAUCAAGCAGAUCCAGUCACAAGGCGAGAUUGUAGCGAUGGUAGGAGAUGGCAUCAACGACUCGCCCGCGCUGGCAACCGCUGAUGUGGGCAUCGCCAUGUCCAGCGGCACUGAUGUCGCAAUGGAAGCAGCCGACGUAGUGCUCAUGAGGCCGACAGACUUGAUGAGCAUCCCUGCUGCCCUGCACUUGACGAGAACUAUAUUCCGCCGAAUCAAGCUGAAUCUCGCAUGGGCUUGUGUGUAUAAUCUUGUUGGCCUACCUGUGGCGAUGGGAGUGUUCCUGCCGUUUGGGUUUCACAUGCAUCCGAUGAUGGCCGGCUUCGCCAUGGCCUGCAGCAGUGUCAGCGUGGUGGUCAGCAGUCUACUACUUAAGCUGUGGAAGCGGCCGCGAUGGAUGGACGAGGCGGAAGCAGAGCGAACUGGAGGGUUGAGAUGGGUGAGCGGCAGCGGCGUAGUAGGCUGGGCGAGAGAGAUGCUUGGGCGAAGACGGCAGAAGGGCGAGGAGGGUUAUGUGCCGUUGCAGAAUCUAGACGCAGAGCAUGCAUAA